UUGACCUCCCCGGCCACCGCACUGGUGCACACCCCACCCUCUCAAUCCCGUCCUUCCAAACCGCUUUCCCCCGAACGCCGGGCGGCUGAACGCGUCCCCAUCCCUUCAUGGACGCCGCGAGCCGCACCUGGCCGCCGCCCAACCCCUCGCCGGCGCCCUUCUCCUCCCGGCUGCGCGUGUCCUCCGACCCCCAACGCCGGCGCCGGCGGCGCCACUCCAAGAAGCCCAAGCCGGAGCCGCCGGCUCCCCCGCCCAAGAACGCCCCCGUCUGCUCCGGCGCGGACUUCGAGUCCCUCCCGCCGGAGCUCCUCCACCGGGCGCUGUCCGCGGUCGGCGCCGCCGACGUCUCGGCCGCCAGCCGUGCGUGCCGCUCGUGGCGGGACGCGCUGCAGCCGCUCCGCGAGGCGGCGGCGCUGCACGCGCACGGGCGCCGCCUCAAGCACGGCUCAGCCGUUCCCGCCGGACUCGACGGUGAGGGGCGCGAGGCGGCGAGGCAGAGCGCGCUGGGUCUUUUCAAGCGGGCGGCGAGGCUGGGGUCCGCGGCUGCGAUGGUGGACGCCGGGCUGAUGUGCUGGGAAGAGGGGCAACGGGAGGAGGCGGUGGGGUACUACCAGGCGGCGUCGGAGCUGGGACACCCUGUCGGCAUGUGCAAUCUCGGAGUGUCCUACCUCGAAGCUGAUCCACCCCAGGCCGAGGAAGCUGUUAGAUGGUUUUAUCCAGCUGCAUCCGCAGGCAAUGUUCGUGCCCAGUACAACCUAGCCCUCUGCUUGCAGAAUGGAAAAGGAAUCAAGCGUAAUCAACGGGAAGCUGCAAAGUGGUACUUACGAGCUGCAGAAGGAGGGAAUGUACGAGCCAUGUAUAAUGUUUCCUUGUGUUACAGCUUUGGUGAAGGGUUUACACAGGAUCCAGUGCGUGCAAAGAAGUGGCUGCAACUAGCUGCUGAUUGUGGUCACAGAAAGGCUCUUUAUGAGUCUGGUAUUAAACUCUGUGCGGAGACAAGGUCAGAUCUCUCAUGUAUCUAGAGCUGGCAACACGCCAUGGAGAAAGUGCCGCCUCGCAUAUGAGAGAUGUAAUACUCGAAUCACUCUCGCCUGCGAUUGCCCAACGCGCUCUUUCAGAUGCUGAUAGAUGGCGACCAAAAUGUCUCUCUGCCAGAAGAUGAGCAGAUGGUUCCUUCCAAAUACUAGCAACCCCUUUAUGGAGCUGGUCGUUGACUACAUCGUUUCCAAGGCAGGCGCUUCCCAAAGGGCAUCUACAUCAAAAUCAUCUUCAUGUCCUUCUCCUUUUGCAAAACCUACCAUUGCAGUUGUGACGGGGAAGUUGGUCAAAUGGCAAUGAAGGGUUCGAAGCAGCGGAAUGCUGGAUAAAACUGUAUAGUACAGCCUAAAAAUGGCUUGGUUCAGGUGACCUGAAGACUGAACCAUUGCAUCUUUGUGAUCAGUAGAAACAAUUGGGUGCUACUCCCUCUGUAAAGAAAUAUAAGAGCGUUUAGAUUACUACUUUAGUGAUUCAAACGCUCUUAUAUUUUUUUAUGGAGAGAGUACUACUCUUUAGUCACCGAAGGUAUAGUGCUGUACCACAGUCGAAAGAAACGAUGCAAACUAGAAUUGCAUCGCAUCUUUAUUUUGGUGAUUGAGGAAAUGUUGAAGAUCAAUAAUAUGCUUGCAAAUGGGCUUAUGUCUUGUCAAUAGAACUGCCAUGAUGAGCAAGAUUUGGGCAA